GGGACAGGCGGGAAGCCCCGGUAGGUGAACAGGUGAAUUUAGAUUACGGUAACCAUAGUGAACCGGAAGAAAGCCCGUCAAGUGUGACCACACUCCGAGCUCGACCGAUGACAGGUGAAGAGUUUUCCGUUUCAGAAUAAGAGCGCUUCUUUAAACCUUGCGCAUUAGCUUUUAUUCUGAAAGCUGGGGCCGGAAACACCGCCGUUAUUCACGGGACGUGACAGACUUCCCCAAAGUACCCGAUGUUACCUUAACGACAGAAAGUUUGAAGCGGCUCCGCUCGGGUUAGUUUUCAGCGCACUGGGCGUACAGGGUCCUCUGUCAUCUGCGAGUGGAAACCACUUUCUAUCCACGUAUCACACAGCGAGCGUGGGCCUGUUCACGUAGACACGGGGGAGCUGAACUGUACGAUGCAUAUGCUAGCGUCAAACGGAUCCAUAAUGGACCUGAACUCGGAGUUUGUGAAGAUUAAAGCGCACUACUGCGGGGACAUUUUAAUCACAGACUUGGCUGCAACAGUAACCUUUGUGGAACUGUGUGAGGAGGUGAAAACCAUGUGCAGUGUUGCCAGCCAGCAGCCCAUCACACUCAAAUGGAUCGAUGAUGAAGGGGACCCGUGCACCAUCUCCUCUCAGAUGGAGCUAGAGGAGGCGCUACGGAUUUACAGUCGAACCAAAAGGUCUGGAUUACUGUUGCAUGUAUUCCCCAGUAUUCCAGAGCAGCCGGGAAUGCUCUGCCCCGGAGAAGACAAAUCGAUCUACCGACGGGGGGCCAGAAGAUGGAGGAAGCUCUACCGAGUGAACGGACAUCUCUUCCAGGCCAAACGCUUUAACAGGAAAGCCUACUGUGCCCACUGUAGUGACAGGAUAUGGGGGCUGGGCAGUCAGGGCUACAAGUGUAUCACCUGCAAACUGCUGGUCCAUAAGCGCUGUCACAGACUCAUCCCUCAGACCUGCCAAAGGCUUAUGGAUCCAGUCAUGCCAUCACAGAAGCCCCCUUCAGAUGCCCAGAGUGCCGAGGUGGACCUUCCACUGGAUGACACAGAGGACACAGAUGGGAUACCGUUUUUACCACACAACUGUGCAGUGAAUAAAGCAGAAGACGAGACAGAGGAUAUCAAAGCAGUAGUUGAUGGCAUCGAUGGCAUUAAGAUAUCCCAGGGACUGGCUCUCGGGCUGGCUGACUUUGACCUGAUUCGAGUAAUAGGACGAGGCAGCUAUGCCAAAGUUCUGCUGGUGCGGCUAAAGAAGAACGAGCAGAUGUACGCCAUGAAGGUGGUGAAAAAGGAGCUGGUCCAUGACGACGAGGAUAUUGACUGGGUGCAGACAGAGAAGCAUGUUUUUGAGCAGGCCUCGACCAAUCCCUUCUUAGUCGGCCUCCACUCCUGUUUCCAGACAGAAAGUCGGUUAUUUCUAGUGAUCGAGUAUGUGAACGGUGGGGAUUUGAUGUUUCAUAUGCAACGACAAAGGAAGCUCCCGGAAGAGCACGCAAGAUUCUAUGCUGCUGAAAUCUGCAUCGCUUUGAACUUCCUACAUGAAAAGGGCAUCAUCUACCGUGAUCUGAAGCUGGACAACGUGCUCUUGGACCACGAGGGACACAUCAAGCUCACAGACUACGGCAUGUGCAAGGAGGGGAUCAGACCAGGUGAUACCACCAGUACUUUCUGUGGCACUCCAAACUACAUAGCGCCUGAGAUCCUGAGAGGAGAAGACUAUGGCUUCAGCGUGGACUGGUGGGCUUUGGGCGUGCUGAUGUUUGAGAUGAUGGCUGGAAGGUCCCCGUUCGACAUCAUCACUGACAAUCCUGACAUGAACACAGAGGAGUACCUCUUUCAGGUUAUUCUCGAGAAGCCCAUUCGGAUCCCAAGGUCUCUGUCGGUGAAAGCUGCCGGCGUGCUCAAGGGCUUUCUAAACAAGGAUCCCAAGGAGCGGCUGGGUUGUCAGGUCCAGACAGGCUUCACAGACAUCAAGUCCCACACGUUUUUCCGCAGUAUAGACUGGGAACAGCUGGAGAAGAAAGAAGUGACGCCGCCCUUCAAACCUCAAAUCUCUGAUGAGUACGGCCUAGAAAACUUUGACACGCAGUUUACUAAUGAACCAGUGCAGCUAACACCAGACGAUGAGGACGUCAUCAAGAGAAUAGACCAGUCCGAGUUUGAGGGAUUUGAAUACAUCAACCCCCUGCUGCUAGCCACAGAAGAGUCUGUAUGAAGGAGAAACCAGCGUCCUCCUCCGAGCUGCUGUUCAAAAACAGAAACAAACAAACAAACUUGCAAGCCAACUCAACUCAGAAAGGCGACAACAAGGAGGAAGUUCCCCCUGGACCUGUCCACAAGGCAAACGGGAGGAGGGAGAGUUUUUCCCUGGGGAGCCGGACGCCGGACUACAGGAACAUUCCCUGACUUUAUGCUGUCUUCUCCUUUUCUUUGUUUGGUCCUGUUGUCCCUGUCAGUCCAUCCUCGUGUCAGAGCAGGACUGGCUGUGUGAGCGUUUCAUUCUGUGCCUGCCACCAUCAACACGUUUCAGCCCAUCUCACGCCCUGGAUGAAUACGACGGCUCUACGGAACAACUUUAAAUAAUUUUACGUGCAAUUUUUUAUUCUUCUUUUUUUUUUCUAUCUUGGUAGGGGGGCCACGCCUCACACACACAAGAAUGUACAAUGACAAAGGAGAAAAUGUUGUUAUUGUGUAUUAUGAUGUAGCUAGUGAAUCCAAAAUUGAUGAUGCCUUUUAUUGAUGCAAGCGGCACAUGUUCCUCCAUAACCACAAACUUUUCUUUGUGUUCUGUUGUUUUCACAAACAAGGGGGUGACAACUUUUUAUUUAAGAAGUGCCUCAAAGAUCAAAUGAUUUCCCGUGUCUCUGACUGCACCUCUAUCUGUUCACCUGUUACGGCUGCAGCAGGUAACGCAGCUGAAACUCUGCCAGGGUAUGUCCGAACUCUCGUCCAGCGUAUGGAGCUCGCUAAGCUGCCUCAGUCCCCACACACAAACAAACCUUCUUAUUUUUAACGAAUCGUUCAAAUAAUCAACAUUUCCUGUGAAUGUGUAAUUGACACAAGCAGCUGGGAGGAGACCUGACCUCUUUCCUUACACAUGUGUAAUUGUAAUAUUUCCCAGUGAAGGUCCGCGUUAUCGUCACAUAGGUGAGGAGCAGCAGACAGACUUGGCCCAUGCCUGCUGUCAGACGUUGGCUUCAGCUUCCACAGUAAAUGCAGCUUUGGGUUCCUCCUCACCAGGUGCUGCUGCGUGACCAUCUGUGUGACCUGCUGGGGGAAACUGGUCACCGUUUCCUUUAUGUGCUCACUGUGUGGUUCCAUGUCUACAGUGACCUGCUGCAACGACAGCUGGAAAUCUGUUUGCAAGUCUAAAUGAAAUGGGAGAACAGCAGAAAAGCCAUGAGAGCUUUUCCGUGGUUUUCACAGACAUUAGUGGGUCUUCCCUGUGUGGGGGAACAAAGCUUUUUUGGGUUAAAUUCCAGGUGUGUUACUUUGGAGUUUGUCUCGACGCCCAGUCAAUCUCAGCAAAGGCCGCCCUCCCUGAGCCUGGUUCUGGCAGAGGUCUGUUCCCAUUAAACAGGCGUUCUUCCUCCCUACUGUUGCCAAGCUCUGUUUAUAGAGGAUCAUCUGAUUGUUGAGGACUAUGCCUACAGUACUAGAGAUACUGUAAAAAAGUGCCCUGAGACAACUGCUGGGGCGCUAAAGAAAGAAAAGUGGGUCAUUCCCAGUCUCAGCUGUAAUGUUGUGGAUGAGUGUUAGUCAGGGGUUGGAGGAUUAGGUCACUAUUAUAAUUCAUGCCCUCCAUCAUGCAGCUGCUGGUGCACAACAGCUAUAAAACCAGUACGAAGCCAUGAGUUUGUCUUUACUAUAUAAUGAAGUUUUCAGGACACUUUAACUCUGUAUACUGCCUCCUUUUAUACACAGCAAGCAACAUAUCAGUACCUAACUGAAGCUUUGAUGUUUUAAUGCUGGGACAUCAGUGAGCACACAUUCAUGUCUCCAACACAACUCAGUGCUUCUGAUGCAGGCUGUGUGUAUCUGCAUACAUGCUCUUCUGAGGGAGGAGAAGCUCUCAGUUAGCUGUUUGUGAUUAAACUUGACCCACGCUAAUUUAAUACCCUCAUAAUAGGAUUAAUUAGCUGAUCAGUCACAGGGCCUCAAUUAGCUGCAGGCCCUGUACAGGCAGGGAGACGGCGUAAUGAAGUUCCAGUCACAAUGAAAAUACACACCUCUAAUCUAAAGAAGCAUCCUCCUCCUCCAACCCCGACACUCCAUCUCACAGACUGUAUUUUAUUACCUGCACACAGGUGAUACAUUAGUGAUGCUGUUUUUCCCCUUAAGGGACCAAUGGAUAAACUGGAAGCUCUUGACUCCACCUUACAGAACAUGAAGGCCGCUCAAACCCCAUGAAGGAUUAUUGAACUACAGUUCUGCUUUUACAUAAUGCUGGCCAGGUCUGCUUCAUUUAGCUUCAUCGCAUCUUUGUAAAUAUGUGUAAUUAUUAAAAAUCAAACUGGUUUUCUGUGAACCGAGUCCUUUUUUCUCUC